AUGGCACCCGCGAGAAUUGGUAAAGCCGCAGUAGACAAACUUAGAAAAUAUGGGGCUAAAGAGUUUAGAGCUAAGGUUGACGAUGAUGCUGAAGGAGCUGAGUUCUGCCUCGAGAAUACUGUGCGAAUGCUGGAUGAAUUGUCAUAUACACCUGAGGAAUGCUUGAAGUGUGUUGUAUCUCUUUUGAAAGAUACAACAUAUCAUUGGUGGAAGACAGUAUCCUUAGUUGUACCAAAGGAAGACAUUACGUGGGAGUUCUUCCAAGCUGAGUUUAAAAAGAAAUACAACAAUCAAAGGUCUUUGGAUCCGAAGCGGAAGGAGUUCCUGGAACUCAAACAAGGAAAUAAGACUGUGUUAGAGUACGAAAAGGAAUUCGUGAGGUUAAUUCAGUAUGCAACGGAGUGGGUCCGAUCAGAGACAGAAAUGUGUAAGCGCCUUGAGGAAGGCUUGAAUGAGGAAAUUAAAUUACUGAUUGGGAUCCUUGAGAUAGAGAAUUUACCACAUUAG